AUGGACAGCCCGCCACCACAGAGAAAGGCGGCUGGCUUCAUCCCUCCACCGGGCCUCGGCUCCCCCGUCCAGGAGACAGAAGCCAUGCAACGACGCCCAGAGGAUAUGGCCGGCGCAAAUGUGCCCGGAAGAGGGCUGGACCAGGCUAUGGCCGACUACGCCUUCCAAAACUUUCAGAACUGGAGUCCACCCAAUGCAGGCAAAGGAUCGGCUGGCUACGGGAACAGAGCCAUGCCGGUCGGUCCUUCUCGUGCACCAGGGGCCCACCUUGCACCCCAGCCUGGCGGUGGCAUGAUGGCUGGGUCAGCUGGCUCAGGAAAGGGCAGUGCCGCGGCACAAUCCGCUUUGCAGUCCCUGCAGAUGUUCCAGGGCUCUGAUGGCCGCGGAGCAGAGGAGACCUCUGCAAUGCAGCGAGCAGCAGCGGAGCAGUUACAAAAGCAGAAGAUGGCGGAAGCCAAUCGCAACGACCCGGAUGCACAGCGCUCAGCAGCCGAAAACGCAGCCCUGGAAAAUGCGAGGAGGUUAAAGAAUUCUCCACUGGUCCAAGAUUUGGCGUCGAGAAACGCCAAUGUGUCGAAAGGCAAAGAAGAGAAGCGCUACCAAGGAAUCCUUAAGGUGUUCCGGCCAGAGCAUGGCUGGGGAUUCAUCGAGAAUCCAGAGCUGAAGAACAAGUAUGGCCACGACGUUUUCCUCAACCAGGCCGUGGAAGGCGGCAUCAAGCUGGGCAGCCUUGUCAGCUUCACCCUGGAGAUGAGCAAGGACGGCAAACCCCAGGCGCGGAAUGCCAGAAUGGAGGCAGAGAAAGUGGACAGACCAAAGACCUCAGCUCCAGGACAAGAGGCACGGGAGCUCGUUGGAAAGGUCUUUAAGGGCCGAGUAAAGUCUUUCAACGCCACGAACGGCUUCGGCUUCCUCACAUGCGAGGAGCUGAAAAGCAAGUUCGCUGGCAGGGCCUGGGCCGUGGAAGACAAGAAGUCAACCUGGGUCUCGGGGAACUUCCCACAGCUCAAAGCGUUGGCCAAGAGCUCGGACAGUCCCGAGCGCCAGAUGCUUCAAGAGGCCCAGCAGACUCUCUUUGAGCCGGCAUUUGUGAAUAGGCUUGGAAAAGAAGUCACGCUGGAGAAAGGACAAGAGAGAAGCGGAUGUAGCAAGCCAGGUGCAGCAGACCACAAAGCCGGCGCCAGCGGUCCCACGUUCCGGGGGCUUCACGGCCGGAGGUCGAACUUCAAGCUGGUGGAAGCUGCCGUAGACAGAGUCUAUUCUUCAGUGCUGGAUGGCAAUGCGCACUACUACAAGGCGCUUGUUUCUGAUCCGGUUGACUUUUCCACCUACCAGGCACUACUCUCCGAGCUGGAGUACAAGCCUGCCUGGAUGAGUGGUGGCCUCGCCUUACACAGGCCCACUGCUCUGGGCUCUGAGUCGCAGUUGCGUCAGUCGCCUACUUACGAGCGCAUUGUCCGUUUCUUGGCCGGCUACUUCGGGGUGGAGCCAAUCCGGUCUCUGGUGAACCACUACCGAUCUGGGGAGGAUUUCACUUCUUUCCACUCAGACCAGUACUUCUCCGGGGUGAACAUGACCAUCGGGGCUUCGUUUGGUGAGGAGCGCGCCUUAGUCUUCGAGCACCGCGAGACCAAGGAGCAGUUCAGCUUUCCGCAGCACAACGGCGAUGUCUUCGCCUUCACGGACUCCGUGAACCGCCAGUUUGUCCACGGGGUGCCGCGAGAGCGCCGUGCCCGAUCCAUGGGGGCCUGUGGCCACUCUCAUGGUCGCAUCUCUGUCAUCGUGUGGGGACGCAGGGAUCAGGAGCUUUGGAAGACAAGGGCCAAGACCUUGCCACUUACCUUGCAACCCCUCAACGUGCUGGAGCACGACCCCAGCCAAGCCACAGACGACAAGGAUGCGAGCUUGGAUGCCGAUGCCAACAGGCUUGAACCUUCAUGGAAGGAUGAGCCACCCCACCACGAUGGGCUUGGGAGGGCCCCUGACACGAGACCUGCGAGGUGGAAGACGUUCGCCAAGAGCCAAGCACACGGCUACUGA